GGUAUCGUGAAAAUUUUGUCAAGCCUGUAGUGCUCCGAGAGUCGUGAAGAUUCGAUCGUUGGUUUCAAAAUUGAAGAAAGUUGAUCAACUUCUUUUAAUUCGCAUAACGUUUUUCUCUUGUAUGAAAUACAUUUGCGCGAUAAAAAUAAAACGUUUUUCAAUAAAUCGCACACACAAAAUGGUACCAGCUCCGCUCAACUUGAGGGAUCUCAAUUCAAAUGAUGAGGGUACACCAGAUCAGAACGAAACAGAACAGGAUCAGAACGAAGUUCUUGAUGAAGAACCUCAAGACGGUCCUCUACCGAAUCCGGAUGCGCCCGUAUAUAAAGGCGGGGCCCGCAGACGCAACGCAAUUGCCCUACCAAGUAUGGCUCUUCAAGCGCCUCAAUACGAUUACACGAGUGCGGAGGAAUCGACCGAUGAAGCUCGCAGGUUCCGAAGGACAUCAUCCGAGGAAUCAACCGAUGAAGCUCGCAGGUUCCGAAGGGCAAGACGCCGCGCACAAGAUCUGGAAGAGGAAGAACGGGAUCGAUUACGAAUUUUCGCGCUAGGUUCCGCACGCAAUUUGGCGCUCAAUGCAGAAGUACCAGAGGAAGCUACAUCCGCCGAUGGCGACAAUGAGUACGAAGAUUCCAGCGAUAAUUCGCGCGAUAAAAAACGGAGGAAAAAAGUAAAUCAGCGAUCAUGUAUACGAACUUUUGACGCAUUACACAUGGCUUUUAAUCGAGAACGUCAGGAAUUCGAAGUGAGUAGGCAAGAAGAAGCCGCUGCGAAUUUUCCACCGCCUAUUUCGCCACCUAGAUACAUUUCCAGUAGCAGAGACAGUGGGCAUUCCAGUGACUAUGCUCAAAGUCAAGUGUCUAAUAGUGACGAAUUACAAGGAGCAUGGGGUUUACCACCGCCACCGCCUUCGACAUCUUCUCAAAGCAGUACUAGGAGACGCAGUAGGGAUGAAGACGAAAGUUCAGGACCCUCAUUAAGUCAAAUAGGGGUUUCGGGGUUUGAACGAGAGACAGAGGAUAAUGUCUCAGAUCAAGUUCCCCAACACCGUCGAAAGAAACCACGAAAGGGAGGAAAACCAAAACCAAAAUCAUCUUCCGAACAUAAUUCGGAAUCUUUAACUUCUUCGAGUAGUCUGAGUCCUCCUACUCCGUUGGAUAGAAGUCCCGAAAAUAAAUUUCCUAGUCCAGAUUAUAAAUUCCCUAGUCCUGAAAAGAAAUUUCCUACUCCAGAAAAGAAAUCUCCUACUCCAGAAAAGAAAUUUCCUACUCCAGAAAAGAAAUUUCCUACUCCAGAAAAUGAAUCUCCUACUCCAGAAAAGAAAUUUUCUACUCCAGAAAAGAUAAUUCCUAGUCCAGAAAAGGAAUUUCCUACUCCAGAAAAGAAAUUUUCUACUCCAGAAAAGAUAAUUCCUAGUCCAGAAAGGGAAUUUUCUACUCCAGAAAAGAAAAUUCCAAGCCCAGGAAGGGAGUUGUAAUCAAAGAUCGAGAAGGAGUUCAGAAACUAACGAAUAUACUAUCCUAUAUUCGAUACAACGAUUUUUUUAAAUUUAUCUUCAAACAAAUUUAAAGAAUGACACAACCUAGAAUCGAUUCUAGUUCAAUAAGUUUGGUCAAAGAUCAUUCGAGACGCUACACGACUCUGUAAAAUAAUCCGAUUUUCCUUGUAUCAAAGGAAUCUCGCUGAUCCAUAAAAUGGAUCGAAUUUUAAACUGAACAAAGUAAAUUGAAUAAUUGUACUAGAGAUUAAUUUUCUUAUCAAGUAUAAAAAUACGACGGAACUGAAAAAAUUAA